AAAAGGGUUAAAACCACAGAGCACGGAUUCCCAGAGAAGCCAAGAAAUUUGAAAAGGAGGAGGGGGGGCGGACUGUAAAUACUGCAAAGUCCCUUCCUCCUCCAGCUCCUAGCUAAGCUUGUGCUGUGGAGCUAUUGUUGUGUUUUCCUUGCUGCAGACCUGAGGUGGGGAGACCCUUGUGGAUUCUGCUGCUGGGGCUAGCCUGGGACAAAAACCCAAGUAAACCCAGAAAUAAGAUACUCCCCCAAAAGCUUCUUGUUUGUGUAUGUGAGAGAGGCGAAUUGGAGUAAAGCCUUGGCCCUAGAAAAAUGGCUGCCGAGCAAGGGAUUGUGGGAGAUCUGGUUCCCCGGUUCCAAGCCGGGCUACAGCCAGUGGAGGAAACGUUGCAGUGUGGACUCCUGAGCCCCAAACCGGAGGAAGAAUUGGAGGGAAGGAGUGAAACGUCUCCCAGCAUCCCAACCGGUGGCACCGGCGAACUUGCCAAAAGAAUGACGUCCCCGCACAUCAAAGAGGAAGCCGACGAAGGUUUGGCACAGCAGUGGGAGCCUCGGUGGCGGCAUUUCCCAAGGGAGCCGCGUCCCUUUCACACAAUCUGGGGGGGCGCGCCCUCCCCCUGGGGCCAUGCCGAGGCUUCGCUCUCUCCUUUCCAGGGGUCAGGUCAUGCUGGCGGCCGACCCGGAGGAGAGCGGGCGGCCCAGCCGUGGCCUGGCCCCGGCAGAGACGUUCAAGGGGUGGGUGGUGGGCCGCUAGCCGAAGGUGAGGCAGCCUGCGGGAAAGUCAAGGAGAAGGCGUCCCCGGAUGAAGAGGCCGCCGACACGGAGAAGUGCCGCCGGCGGUUCCGGCACUUUGGCUACCGGGAGGCUGAGGGCCCCCGUGAGGUCUGCAGCCGCCUCUGGUUCCUGUGCUACCAGUGGCUGAAGCCGGAGAGGCGCACCAAGGAGCAGAUCCUGGAGCUGCUGAUCCUGGAGCAGUUCCUGGCCGUCCUGCCACCGGAAGUGCAGAGCUGGGUGAAGGAUCGCGACCCGGAGACCUGCGCCCAAGCGGUGGCCCUGGCAGAGGACUUCAUGCUGAGGCAGGAAGAGGAGCCCCUGGGGGCAGGCGGUGAAGACUCCCAGCCUCUCGGAGCAGGAGAGAAGGGUUUUGGGGCACUGUUGCCUUUGCAACAUAUGGAGAAAGUGGUGUCUGGGCUUCUGGCGGAGGUGGGCCUGUGUUCUUCCGAAGCGAGAGGCGCCUUCAAAACGGACAAGCAGGAGAUCGGCAGCGGUGCUUCUUUGCAGGGUCUUCCAGCAGAUAAUUUGCCAGAGAGGGAAGCCUCGGCAGUUUUGCCCCAGGAAAUCCUGAGGAAAGAGGAUCCCUUGCGAGACUGCGGGAGGGACUUUGGUGCCGGUUCGGACGUGGCUGAGCGCGAAGACGCGCCCCCUGGCCUGAAGCCUCACAAGUGCUCCGAUUGCGGGAAACGAUUCCAUCAGAUUUCCCACCUUAACAGACACCUGAGAAUCCACACGGGCGAGAAACCAUACAAGUGCCUGGACUGCGGGAAAAGCUUCACGCAGGGCUCCUGCCUGCUGGGACACCAGAGGAUCCACACGGGCGAGAAAGCGUAUUCGUGCUCGUACUGCGACAAAAGCUUCAUUUGGAGCUCGGGGCUCCACCAGCACGAGAAGAUCCACCUGGGCGAGAAACCUUACAAGUGCCUGGAGUGCGGGAAGAGUUUCCACCGGAGCUCUGCUCUCACCGACCACGUAAGGUCCCACACCGGGGAGAAGCCGUACACCUGCUCCGACUGUGGGAAAGGCUUCAGCCAGCACUCCAACCUCAUUGUGCACCGGCGGGUCCACACUGGGGAGAAGCCGUACACCUGCUCUGUUUGCGGGAAAAGCUUCACCCGCACGGCAUUGCUUAUGGCGCACCUCAGAAUCCACACAGGAGAGAGGCCCUAUCAGUGCUUUGAGUGCGGGAAGAGUUUCAGGCAGAGCGGGCAUCUCUCUCAGCAUCAGAGGAUGCACACAGGAGAAAAACGGUACAAGUGCUUGGAGUGUGGGAAGAGCUUCAGCCAGAGCACCUACUUUAUCCUUCACAAAAUAACCCACACGGGAGAGAAGCCUUUCACGUGCCUGGAGUGCGGCAAGAGCUUCAGCCACAGCAGGCGGCUCACCAUACACCGCACGAUCCACACAGGGGAAAGGCCGUACAAGUGCAAGGAGUGCGGGCAGAGCUUCAGCCAGAGCACGCACCUUACGUCUCACCAGAGAAUCCACACCGGGGAGAAGCCGUACAAAUGCCAGGAGUGCGGGAAAUGCUUCAACCAGAGCACGCACCUCACUCUGCAUCGAAGGAUCCACACCGGGGAGAAACCGUACCAGUGUUUGGAGUGCGGGAAGUCCUUCAGCCAGAGGCCGCACCUCACUUUGCACCGGAGAAUCCACACGGAGGAGAAGAUGUACAAAUGCUCGGAGUGCGGGAAGAGCUUCCACCGGAGCGACCACCUGGCUUCGCAUCUGAGAGUGCACACAGGAGAGAAGCCCUACCAGUGCUCACAGUGCGGGAAGAGCUUUAGCCGAAGUGCAAUCCUGACUAAGCACCAGAUAACCCACAAAGGCAGAGAAAUUCCCAUGGGAACAGAUGAAGGCUCCGCCUGAGCAUUUCCUGGGGUCCGCUUCCUCCUUGGAAAUUCCAGCCAGUUGUGACGCACUGCUGUUCCAGUUGUUGUGAUGCUGCUCCAGAGAGAUGGUUGGCGUGUGAUUACGUUGUAUAGCAACACAAUCCUUGGGCAUCCUGGAUCAAAUGGAAUGUGCUUCAAACGUCACUCAUAUGCUCUUUACACUAGAGUUGGAGAAACCCAUAGCUCUCCUCCGUUUUGUUCAAGGUUUUUAAACAGGUUGGAUGGUUGUCUGUCAUGGAUGCUUUAGCUGUGAUUCCUGCAAUGCAAGGGGUUGGGCUAGAUGACCCCUGGGGUCCCUUCCAAAUCUCCUGUUGCCUUUUAGCUCCCAGCUCGGAAAUCCCACCCCCCCCCAGGGGGUGGUACUGCCCAUUUUGGGAACCGCUGAUCUUGAUUAAAGAACUCACAUAGGUGGAAAAUCCUGUAAAAUGAAAAUUGUAUGCUCACAGAGCACAUUCCCAGCCACGCUCUUUAUUAGCCUUUUUCAGCCUAGUGCCCUCCAGAUACUUCAGACUAUUUUGCUGAUUCUUUCUCUGCAAAAAGUCACCUGGAGUUUGAAGGAUCCUUUCCUCCUCUCUGCCACAGAUGGUAGCUUCUAUUU